CAGGUGGUCCGGGCGAGGGCGGAAGCCUGGGCGAUCACCCCCCUCCGGAAAUCGUGGACGGCGGCCCGCCGCCACCAUUCGGCACCCCACCUGAGGAAGUGGCCGCAGAGCUCCAAUCCGAAGUUGAAGCUGGCCUCGUCGAUGUGACUGAUGUAUCAAUCGCAAAACAAGAACAAGUAUCGCAGUCGUACUGGUAAUUGCUGCCCCGCAGCAUCAUGAUGUGCACAGCCAAGAUCUUUUGUCUCACUCCCAGAACAAUUUCGAUUAUAAGGUAAUUGAUAAUUUUUUGUGACUGUAUCACGCAAGAACCUAAGGUCUAGAACUACUAGCAGGUAGGCGCUGUACAACCGGUACGAUAGCGAUAGCUGUGCUUUUGCAAUGCAUAGGCUGAUUUGAUGCUUCACAGCCCCGGCUCCGUUACCGUGGAUGACGGAAUGAUUGACAAUUUGGUGACCGCGACGGGCAGUUUCGCUUCUGACGACACCGAGACAGCGGCCCAGUGCGCAAGAGCAGGCGUGACGCACAACCCCUACUGCGUGAUGGAACUCCUGACGCGGGCGACCACGCUGGGCGGCGCGCCAGCCUGGCUCGUGCGGCAAACGGACAAGAUUGAAAAACAGCUUUCCAGCUGGAUUCUCGACUCUCUCUCGCAUGCGGAAAACCUCUUUCAGGCGGCAAACGAAGCAGCUGCUGCCGCAUUUGACUCUUUUGACGGCCCUCUUCCAUGGGGAGGCUCGAAAGAGGAGGAAGAGGUUGAAGCGGAUGGUGGUGAUGGUGCAGCGGGUGCUCCUCCUGGUGAAGCGGAACAGCAAACAGAGGAACCACAAAGUCCGGAUGAUGAAUCUUCGCCCGAGGACGGAACGUCACCGCACGAAGAUGAAGUAGAAACGGAAGCGCCGGAGCAAACGCCAGCUGAGGAGGGAGUAGAACCAGAUGUGGCGGGGGGACAAGAAGAUGGCGAUGGGGGCGAUACGGAAGAAGAUCUUCCUGCUGUUGUUGACGGCGCCACCGGCGGCAUUACCAGCCCGGGCACUACUAAAUCCGUGAUCUCCCAAGCGGCGCCGGAAGAGUGGCGCGAAACCCUUUUGCUGCACAACCUGUACCGCUGUCUGCACAACGCCCCGCCCCUCGUGUGGAACGAAGACUUGGCGACGAACAGUGCGCAGUACGCGCAAUGCAACGACCCGGCGAGAGUCAUGUGCGGUUUUCCCGCGUCCGACAGCUACCACUCCCCGAAAUCUACCAGACAGAACAAAUUCGGAUUCACGGGGAGUUUCGGCGAGAACAUCGCUUUUGGGUUUGGCGGUGAUAAUGAUUUGAACCCGGCGACCUGGGGGCGGGCGACGAAGAUGUGGUACGAGGACGAAAUCGUGUACACCCAGGGUUGGCCGGUUGGGAGCGUGUCUGAUCUUAGUGUCACAGUGAGCUCCUUGAGCACGAGCGGCAUCACCACCCCAGUCGGUGCGUGGACCAACGAAGCAGCUGCCCUGGGGAAGGGCGCAGCCCUGCACGCCGACGAUAACACUGGCGGCGCCAUCGGACAUUACACCCAGGUCAUCUGGGGCGAGUCUUCGGAGCUCGGGUGCGCGGGGUUCGAAACGGCAAAGAACGUGCUUUGCCAGUACGGUGUGAGCGGGAACGUGGGGACCGCCGGCUUCACGAAGCACUACACAGCGAAUGUCUUACCCGUGUCGAAAACGGAGCAGCAGUGCGCGGGGGCAAACGACGACCAAUACCAACUGCACGGAUCCGUCAAGGUGUCCUUUCCAGGCACAAUGAGUGUGACAAAAUGCGGGGAGCAGCCCGGGUAUUCGAUCGGCACACACACAGUACCACCGCAAGAUCCGACAAACAUGAUUCUCAACGCUCUGGAGACACCCGUGAAGGAGGCCUUGAAGGCGUUUUUUUCUCUGACGACAACCAACUUCGAUGUAUUCGUGGAGUCGAAGCCGUUGUACAGUGCGCAAUGCGUGAAAGAUCCGGACUCUGAGAAUUUGACCUACGAAUUCGGAUUCGUCUUCCGCUCGCUGACUGCGGGGAAGGCCAAGUGCCUGAAAACGGUGCUGAGCAGCGGUCGCGCGUCUUCUGAUCUGCUUCACACUCUCCGGGAGAAGUGCAGCGGGUCUAGUGAUUGCCAGCAAGCCAAGAUGUUUUGGACGGGGGAACUCGCGGGGAUGGCGCUCGGCUCCGUCGUUUCUCUCGACUACAAACCUGCGAUGGCGGACGAAGCCUCCGUCUUGGCAAACACUGGUGACGACUGCAGCACCAGCGCGGAACAAGCUGCAGCAGCAGGGGCCUCCACAGCUUCCUUUCUCGAAAAGGACGAUGAUGAGAAAAAAGACGAAGAUCAUGAUGUUGCCAUCAAAGAAGCUGCUGCUGCGAUCUUGGGCAAAGAUUCUGACUUUGCUGCGGCUCAGGCGACGCAUGCCUUGAUGAGCACAGGAGCCUACAACUCGUCAUUGCCGGAGGGAAUUGGAAUGAAAAAGCCGGAAAUGCAUGCUUUUUCAGCCUCCAGUCUGCGCGCCCUCUCAGAUGAAAAGCCGGGACCGCGAGCCCAGAGGGACGUGCUGGAAGCGGCCAAACUGCAGUUCAAAAGCCGCAUCGCAGCCGCCGCAGAGAGCGGGACCACGGAUCUUCUGGAAGCUAGUUAUGGAAUAGAAAAAAAGUUACCGUGUACUCUGUCGUCCCGACUACUUACAAAACGCAUUACAUGGAAUGAUGUUACUCUACCGCAACUUGUUGAAGGCCGGUAAGUCAUGUUGUUGUAAUGCUUUUGACGCAAAUAAUGUCAACCGAAGAAGCUUCUUUUGUAUCUUGCAGUAGUGCCAUGUGUAGUUGUUCGUUAUUCGAAAUGGGCGACAGCACCACGGUAUCAAAUUCUCCUUGUCCAUAGUUCUCUUCCCGAGGAGACCAAGAAGAUCACCGAGGUCGCCCUGGUGUGCGGGGUGUCGCAGGCAGCCUGCCUGAAGGAGCUUCUCACCGGCGCGCUCUCUGACGUCCCGCACGCCGAUCUGGGGGCGGCGCUGACCAGUCUUGCGCGCACCCCGCUGGACGUUGCGAUUGAUAGCUUGGUCACGGAGGAGCAGGUGCGCGGGGCAAUGGAAAUGCCGGGUUUGAUGCUGGUUCCCGUGGUCACUGAAGUGCUCAUGUCGGAACUGCUUGGGGGAAUCGACUUCGCGCUGGCGUCCGGCGCCGCGCCUGACGCAGAAAUGGAGGAGGAGCUGCUCGGGAGUAUUAGCAUGUACACAAAUUUGCGCACCGCCACUGAAAGCCUUUCGUGGAGGAGUCCGAUGACUGCUUUAAAAUGCGUUUUCGAGAAGAAGUUCGGCCCCUGUGUAUGCAAUACAAAUUUUCCGUACAUGUACAAAGUGCAUCACAAAUUUCACCAAUUUGGGGUGUGACACUUGUGAUGCUAAACUACGAUCGAAGCCCAGUUUUGUCAUGCAGAGAUUGCGUUUGUACGUGUGCGGGAAAUUUACUGUGGAUACUGUGCGGCCCAAGUGGCGAGGGAUGCGCUCCACAUGGAAUUGGCGGGGGCGUACAGGGAUUACCACGACGUUGUUCCCGAAGCCGAGCGAGAACCUGGUACAAGUGCCAGUAGCUUUCUCCUUGCGAAGACCUCUCGUCAUCUUGCUGAUCCGGAUUUUCUGUCCUCAAUGGAGCAUCUGCACCCGCCCCAGGAGCAAGAUCUGUUGCCGCAGUGGUUAUCCAAGGCGUUUAGUACAACCGCAGAAGAACAAGACGAACAUUCCUCCCAGGCGGCUGUCCGAACCGGGCUGCUUUGCAUGGUCAGCCAGGUCGCCUGUGCAGGAAAACUUCUUGCAGGGGAAAUCGGUACUAGCAGUACGGAUACUGCUCUUGAUCAUUCCGGCGUUCCAACCCUCAGCGCCAUGCUAACCGGCGUCCGCGAGCGGUUCCCGGAAGGUGACCACUUGCAGCCGGAGCAGAUUGCAGCGGGAGUGGUGAUUGCUGCGGGACUGGCUAGUACUAGUCCACCCACCUCCGAUCCAGCAGGUACAGCAGCAGCAUCUUCAGUCGAGGAAAAACUCGCAGCGGCAUUGACAACCGAACUUCUCGCCAAGCCGAUGACCGUGGAAGAGGUGUUCAUGGCACAAGAGCUCAGUGGUCUGCAACAUGGUCGUGGUCCCGUCUCGGAGCUGCAACAAGGAAGCAGCGAAACGUCGGAGAGUGGCAUCGAACAAGAACAACCUAAGUCAGAAACCGAGGAUGAAGAAAUGAAACAACACAUACAACGGAGCACGAGAGACUUUGUGUCGCGGACACUGCUGUCUACAGAGGAAAAUCAAACACUUCUAGAAGUCGGCGUGACAUCCGUGCUCCUCUGCAUCAUCGAUCUGCAGCAGUGCGCUGCCACAAUCGCACAGGACGCGGCCAGUCAGCACUUUCCCAAGUGGAUGAGAGUCGUCGUGGAGGACGAUGAAGGUGCUGAUGCUGGGCAAAGCCUAGCAGCCCCACAGCUACUUCCCGACUGGAUGCUGAGUCUACUUUCGUCGCAGGACGAGGAGCUAUCCGGGGAAGGAGCCUCCUCUUCAGCGUUCUUGCAAGCCCGUGCUAGCCGUCGGAAUAAACUGACGGCGAAAAGAACGGGCAGGAAGGUUGUGAAAGCGGGAACUGGAAACAAGGAGAAAUCGGGCACGACGUUGGGCGAAGCGUACGACGACACGAUGUUGGCCGAAAGCGGGGAUUUUCCUCCAGUAUCGGGGCACAGCCACGAAAUCAUGUUCCCGGAGGGUGAUGCUCGUGGUGCCCCCAAGUUCCCCUGGUUCGUCACGAUGGGAGGCGGAUCACUAGUGGACCCGAUGAUGUUCGCUACGAGCGGGAAUGAAGAGGAUGAAGAGGGCAAUCAGCUGGUUUUGUGGAUGGAGCCAAAAAUGCCGAGUACAACUCCUGCCUCUUCCGCUCCUUCCGGCGACGAAACUGCGGCCAGCACUCCGGGCUUCAGCUUCUCCCGUCGCACUCCGAAAAAUGCCGCUGUCGGCUUCGCCAUGACGUGCAUGGUGGACGGCCUCGCGUGCCUGAAAAGCAUCAUGGAUGGGAAAAUGUUCACACUGGUAGGGGAGGACAACAUUUCGGUGCAGCGCGCAUUGCAAUUGCUGCCGGAUCCCCUGGGCUACCUCGAAAUGAUCUCCGGACACUGCGGCUCUGCUGCUCGUGCGGCUGACGCGUCAGAACAACGGAUUUUUUUGUGCAAUUUUUUCGCACAUUGGUUUUGGGAUCCGGCAGCUGAGCUCUUGGAAUACGGGGCCCUCGUGCCGACGUCAGAAGGCGCCGACGUGGCGCGCAUGCAGCUUGAAGUGUGGCAGAAUCUUGCCGCUGAAGAAAAGGCACAAGCCUACCAACAGCACGCUAUGGCCCUGCUUAAGUGGGGAAUGGAGCUGAACCCGGAGGAGGCUACAGCGGAAGAUUGGAUGGAGAAGUACCGUGAGAGGUUUUCGGCGCGGUCGGACUGGACCGGUUUUACACCGUACGACUGGACGGGAUGGGAUUCGGAAGAGAAGCUGGAUGAAGUAGAAGACUCUACUUCCCCUUCUUCCAGUCUGGAGAAAACGAAGCUGACCACCUCCGGCGCAGGGGAGCAUGACGAACAAGCCACGUCCGGUGCUGCUGUUGCUGCUCCGUACCCACUCACAUCCGACCAGUCCAGAGCGGAAAGUCGUUUUCAUUUAAAAAAACACGCCGACACGCCGAGCAAACGGUCCCUGAGUGGAUUUUCGCUUUCGGUGUGAAAAGGUGGUCGGGGCGACGAGAGGUGGCGUUUUCUCUUUUCGAGAAUGUGGCUUUUUGUUCGAAGUUUAAUUACGCGAGGACGAUGUUGUCCGUCGCAGCAGAAUGCAGGCGCGGGGUUCUAGCAUUCACACUCUCAUCUUCAUCGAUUUCGCAUAAGCAAGAGACAGGAGAGUCUGUUUUAUUUUUCAGGAAGUAUUUUUGUUGUUGAUGUUGUUGUUGUCGUUGUCCUCACGACCGACCGGACCAGGGGGCGGGCAGAUUUCUAUUUUUUUUUCACAAAUUUUGGCACAUGAUAUGUCAGUUCUUUAUUUCCCCCAUUCCGCGUGAUCAGCAGCACUAGCACCACAGAAAAAAAACUAACACGUCCAAUUCCUCACAUUUUUUUUCGAGUUAUCUUUUCAAACAGGUUUCUAACCAACUAUGCUAAAAAAAUAUACAAAAGUAGUCUUAUUCAGGCGAUGAACGAUAUUUCGCCCGGCGUGUUUUCAUUGAAAUCCUUCAAAAAAGUCUUCGCACGUCAUGAUCAUCUUCAUCAAGAAAGAAAAAAUAACAUUUACCGGAUUCCGUGUUGUAUCCAAUAUGAACAAACAAACGCCUAGGGAAAAAGGUGAGUAAACGCGUUCCCACCUUGACGCAUGAACACAAACAAACAAACAACAAACAAACAACAUCUACCGCAUAAAAGACCGACGCUAGAUUUUUCCUAAAUUGAGAUUUUUUUUGGUAUUCGAUAUUGCGGGCGACUCAUUCCGAUGAUAACGGUUCAUAGCUUCAAAAGUUUUUCUUUCCGUUCUCUUCUUUCGAGUUAAGUACAUGCUGACUCGGACAAAAGUUUUCCCCUGGUCCUUUCUUGUGUUGAAAGGUUGAAUUUCUAUGCAUCUUGAUCGCGACGUUGCGAAGCCCAAGCAACACUACUUCAGCCCCUCUGAAGAAAGACACGAUCAUCCCAAACUGUAGAUUAUCAGCUAAGUAGUAGAUCGACCCCUAGAUGAAAAUUCACACGCAGCGCUGAAU